AUUUCCAAUGAAAAAGUUGUGUUUGAUGACAUUCUCACCAACUGAAGCGAAAUGUCCAAAAUUCUAUUUAAAAUCAACGGAACUCAAUAUGAAGUGGACGGUAACUACGGUCCGGACUUUACGUUGAACGAAUUCAUAAGGACGGUAGCGGGACUACGAGGUACCAAAGCAAUGUGCCACGAGGGUGGCUGCGGCGCAUGCGUAGUCGCCGUACAAGCUCCGGCGCAGCCUAAUAAUGAACUGAAGAUGUUUUCAUGUCUAGUUUCUGUUUUGUCAUGUCAUAACUGGGAAGUAACAACAGUUGAAGGUAUUGGGAACAGAACAAUCGGCUACCAUGAUAUUCAAACUCGGCUUGCUAAAUUUAACGGUACUCAGUGUGGAUAUUGCACACCAGGCUGGGUCAUGAAUAUGUACAGUUUGUACAAAUCUAAAAAUGGAAAUCUAAGUGCAGCUGAAAUAGAGAACUCUUUUGCAAGCAAUAUCUGUAGAUGUACUGGGUACAGAUCAAUAGCAGACGCUUUCAAGACAUUUGCUAGAGAUGCAGACGAAGAUAUUAUUAAAAAAUUAAUUGACGUUGAAGAUAUUUGCAAAUUAAAAGCAUGUGGUAGCAAAUGUACAAAAAUAUGUUCCUAUAGAAAUUCACAGAAGCCAAAUCCAAACAAAAUACAGUUUGAUGAAGACACUAAGAAAGAUUCUUGGUGCAUUCUUGGUAAUAUGCAAAACGAACCAUUAAUGGUGAAAAAUACAGGCGGGGAUACAUUCAGGUGGUUCAAAGUUUAUAAACUCUCUGAUUUAUUUAAAGUGAUAGAACAAAACGAUGACUACAAAAUAGUAGCUGGUAAUACUGGACAAGGGGUAUAUCACGUUAAGAAAUAUCCGACACACAUUAUCGAUAUAUCUGAUGUUGUGGAACUGAAAGCAUUCUUACUUGAUGUUAAUUUGAUAUUGGGCGCAGGUAUGACAUUAUCUGACAUGAUGGAACUGUUUCUCAAAAUGUCUUCUGGGAACGAAAAUUUCUCAUAUUUAAAAGAAUUCUACUCUCAUAUGGAUCUAGUAGCACACAUACCUGUGAAAAAUAUUGGUACAAUUGGCGGAAAUUUAUUUUUGAAAUAUUCAAAUCCCGAGUUUCCAUCUGAUUUAUUUCUACUAUUUGAGACCGUUGGAGCCAUGAUAACAAUUGCAAAUAAUAUUGACAAUAGAAGAACGGUCACUCUUCAGGAUUUUUUAAAAACUGAUAUGAAAAGAGAAAUUAUUAUAAAUGUUUUGCUACCACCAUUAUCCAGUAACUGUUUCGUUAGAACUUUUAAGAUAAUGCCUAGGUCGCAAAAUGCACAUGCCAUCGUCAAUGCCGGAUUUCUUUUCAAUAUAGACCCAAACACGAGAACUAUUAAGGAAGCAAGUAUUGUAUAUGGUGGUAUAUCUCCUGAAUUUAUACAUGCACAUAGAACUGAGGUAACUCUAGUAGGUAAUGAUUUAUUUACUGACGAAAUAUUACAACGAGCUUUGACAACAUUAUCUGAAGAACUCAACCCUGUUGAUGCUCCGCCAGAACCAUCAGCUGCGUUUAGGAAAAUAUUAGCAAUCGCCUUAUUUUACAAGGCCGUGUUAAACUUAUGUCCAGAGAAUAAAAUAAAUCCGACUUUCAAGUCUGGAGGUGAAACGUUAAAAAGAAUUUCAUCGAAAGGCAGUCAAGUUUUUGAUACAGAUAAAAGUUUAUGGCCAUUGAAUCAACCAAUACCUAAAUUGGAAGCUUUAAAUCAGUGUAGUGGUGAAGCGACUUUUGCUAAUGACUUUCCAAAGCAAGUUGGUGAGGUCUUUGCAGCAUUUGUUACAGCUGAUGUAAAUCCAGGCAGUGUCAUAAAUGAUUUUGAUACGACAGAAGCUUUUAAAAUUCCUGGAGUCAUUGCGUUCUAUACUGCCAAAGAUAUACCAGGUGUGAAUUCGUUUACACCUUUCUACGUACCCCUAUUAUCUGAAGACGAAGAAAUUCUAUGUUCGAAAGUAGUAAAAUUCUACGGUCAGCCUGUCGGUAUUAUUGUUGCGGAUAGAGAAAAGACAGCAAAUAAAGCUGCAGAAUUAGUCAAAGUCAAUUACACAAUAAAUCAAAACAAACCACUACUGACGAUUGAUGACGUUUUAAAAUCCGAUGAGAAGAAUAAAAGAAUUGUAAUAGAUAAAGUAAUUGAGCCUACUGAAAAAGGAGAUGAUGUUAAAGCUGUUUUGUAUGGUGAAUUUAAUUACCAAACACAAUAUCACUAUUAUAUGGAGCCACAAACUUGUGUAGUAACACCUACGGAAGACGGGCUCGAAGUAUAUGCUGCAACACAGUGGCUUGACGUUACGGGUAUAUCUGUAGCUCAGUGUUUAAACAUCCCAGUUAAUAGCGUUAAUGUAAUUGUACGUCGAGUCGGAGGAUCCUACGGAGGCAAAAUAACCAGAUCAGGACAGAUAGCUUGCGGUGCGGCCCUUGUGACACACUUGCUUGGCAAAACUUGUCGCCUUAUAAUGUCACUGGAAACUAAUAUGAAAAUGAUCGGAAAGAGAACACCAACGUAUUCCAAAUUCGAAGUUGGCAUUAAUGAUGAAGGAGAAAUUCAAUAUUUGAGGAACGUUUUUUAUCAAAACAAUGGCGCCUCUUGGAACGAGAAAAUGACCUAUAUAGUUUUCAAACAUUUCUAUAAUUGCUAUGAUUACAAAAGGUGGUAUGUAGAAGCUAAUGGGUUUAUAUCUGACUUGCCUUCAAAUACAUGGUGCAGAGCACCUGGUUCGACUGAAGGAUUAGCUAUGAUAGAAGAGAUAAUGGAACGUAUUUCUCAUCAUACUGGUAAAGAUCCAGUUCAAGUAAGAUUAACAAAUAUGACCAAAGAAAACAAUCCCAUACCAGAAUUAAUUGAACAAAUUAAACAUGAUUCAGAUUACGAUAAUAGGGUUAAUGAAAUCGCUAAUUUCAAUAAAGUCAAUCGCUGGAGGAAACGAGCAAUUAAAUUAAUGCCGAUGACAUAUGAAAUAUUUUACGUAGGACCCUAUAGCGCAUCUGUCUCAGUUUAUCAUGCAGAUGGUUCUGUAAUAAUUUUCCAUGGUGGAAUAGAAAUGGGACAAGGUAUAAAUACAAAAGUUGCCCAGGUUUGUGCUUAUAUUUUAAAAAUACCACUUGAAAAAGUCAGUGUAAAAACUAGCAGCACUUUUACAUCACCGAAUAGUAUGACAACAGCAGGCAGUAUUGGAAGUGAAUGUGUCGCAUUCGCAGUAAUAAAGGCCUGUGAAACUAUUCUAGAAAGAUUAAAACCUUUUAAAGAUAAAAAUGAAAAUGCUACAUGGAAUGAAAUUGUAAAAGAAGCAUUUCUAGCUGGUGUUCAUUUACAAGCUUCUCAUAUGUAUGACACGACAGAUACAACAUUGAAACCCUAUGCGAUUUAUGGCGUUGUGGUAUUAGAAGUAGAGCUUGAUCUUUUGACUGGUAACCAUGACAUACGUCGAGUUGAUUUACUUGAAGAUACAGGUAGAAGCUUGAGUCCAGAAAUUGAUAUAGGACAGAUUGAAGGUGCUUUUGUUAUGGGACUUGGCUAUUGGACAUCAGAGAACAUAAUAUAUGACCCAAAAAACGGCAAAAUAUUAACCGAUAGAACUUGGACGUACAAACCACCAGGACUGAAGGAUAUUCCUGCAGAUUUUAGAAUCUACUUUCAAAGGAAUUCAAAAAAUGAAGUUGGUGUUCUUCAAUCUAAAGCAACUGGUGAACCAGCACUUUGUUUGGCAGCGGUCAUCACUCACGCGCUACGAGAAACUAUUCGUUUAGGCCGAUUAGACGCGGGAUAUGAUGACCAUUGGGUCGAAUUAGGACAUCCAUGCUCAGUUGAAAAUAUUUUUAUGGCUAUGGAGCACAAGCUGGAACAUUUUAAACUGACAUUUAAAAAAAAUUGUAUUGUUUUUAAUCUCGUGCAGACUAGAUAUUUGCCCCAGAGCGUGAACUAUAAAACAAUGCAGCUUCCGAAGCAUAUGAAAAUCGCAGCAGGAUCCCUUGGAGCGGCAAUAUUCGGCGUGCUUUUUGGAUGGGUCAUAUUUCCUAUUGUGUUAAAGAGUCAAUUAAAAAAGGAAAUGGCAUUGUCGCCGAAAACUGAUGUUCGAAAGAUGUGGCAAAAGAUACCGUUUCCUUUGGAUUUUAAGAUAUACCUUUUUAAUUAUACAAAUGCCGAGGAAGUGCAAAAAGGGGCGAUUCCAAUCGUAAAGGAAAUUGGACCGUAUUAUUUUGAAGAAUGGAAGGAGAAAGUAGAGGUAGAAGAUCACGAUGACUCUGACACAAUAACUUAUAAGAGACUGGACAGUUUUUACUUCAAGAAAGAACUAUCUGGACCAGGUCUGACGGGAGAAGAGCUCGUUGUUUUGCCACAUCCGUUUAUGAUGGCCACGAUAGGAGUAGUAAUCCGCGAUAAGCCAGCGAUGCUCAACAUGAUCGGAAAAGCUUUUAAUGGCAUUUUCGAAAAUCCACCCGACAUUUUUAUUCGGGCCAAAGCUUUGGAUUUAUUGUUUAGAGGCAUCGUCAUUAACUGCGCAAGAACGGAGUUUGCGCCUAAAGCUCUUUGCACCGCACUAAAGAAAGAAGCAGCUAAUACCCUAAUUUUUGGACCGAAUAAUCAAUAUGUUUUCUCUUUAUUCGGCAUGCGCAAUGGCACUACUGAUAGUCAUGUUGUGACAGUCAUGAGAGGUAUGAACAACGUAAUGGAUGUCGGCAAAGUAAUAGCAAUCGAUGGCAAACCCAAGAUGGAAAUGUUCAGAGAUCAAUGUAACGAGUACGAGGGUACAGAUGGUACUGUGUUCCCUCCAUUUUUGACACAGAGCGAUCGUCUUGAAUCGUUUUCUGGGGAUUUAUGCAGAUCUUUUAAACCAUGGUUCCAAAAGCCGUCUUCGUACAGUGGAAUCAAAACCAACCGGUACAUCGCUAACAUCGGAGAUUAUGCGAACGACCCUGAGCUUCAAUGCUAUUGUGACAGCCCGGACACUUGCCCGGCCAAAGGACUGAUGGAUCUAAUGAAAUGUAUGGGAGCUCCAAUGUACGUCUCAUUACCACAUUUCUUAGACUGUGAUCCUAAGAUUAGAGAAGCUGUGAAGGGACUGAAUCCUGAUGUUAAUGAACACGAGAUAUCAAUUGAUUUUGAACCGAUCACAGGCACACCAUUAGUUGCUAGACAACGAGUCCAAUUUAAUAUAAAAUUGGUGAAAACAGAAAAAAUGGAGCUGUGCAAAGAUUUACCUGACACUAUUGUACCUUUGUUCUGGAUCGAGGAGGGUCUAGCGCUUAAUAAAACAUUCACAAAUAUGUUAAAACAUCAAUUGUUUAUACCAAAACGCGUUGUGGGUGUGCUACGAUGGUUGUUGGUGUCAUCUGGAUUACUCACAGCAAUGGCAUGUCUGCUUUUUCAUUAUAAAGAUAAAAUCAUGCAUUUCGCGGUAUCGAAUGGUUCCGACUCAGCGGCUAAAAUAAGACCAGAGGAAACAGAACAAAGAGAAAUAAGCGUCAUCGGAGAAGCUCGGGAACCUCCCAAAGUAGAAAUGUAAUAUUUAAUACGCUAGAAGGCCCGACAUACUUUUACAAAAGACAGAACAUUUACGAAGAGCUUUUGACAGUACAAUACUGCUUACU